AUGCAGAGGUAAAGUGACAACAACGCUCACUUCCGCUUGGUUGAGAAGAACAGAGAGCGAGAGGAGGGAGGGAAGAAGGAAGGAAGGGACAAACAAGCGACCGAACGAGCAAGCAAGCGAGCAAGCAAGCAUCGGCGGCCGUUGUCGCCGUGGUGAUUGUCCUUCUGUCGUCAAGCUCCCUCAGCGCGGCCAGGAAAAAUGUUAGCUGCUGAUGAAUUUUCGCUGUCCGAUGCUCUACCGGAUAGUUCUCCUGCCAAGAGUUCCUCAGUGGGCAAUACGAAGCCACCUCAACAGCCCAGCCAGCCUCCACAAGCAUGGCCAACCUCCAGUCCCUGGAAUAAUGCACCAAGUGCUCCUCCUGCAGCUCCAUCCGGUUUGCCUCCUAGCUCAUCAACUUCCAACGUGCCUUUUGGACCGCCACCAACAGGAAUGUAUCCUUCCCUCCCCCCUGGGGCACCAGUUCCUUUUCCUCCUCCUGGUUCUACUUGUCCUCCAGGUGCUCCAUAUCCACCCCCUGGUCCUGCCCCACCAGGGCAAUAUCCACCACCAAACAUGCCCUUCCCAGAGAUUCCAAGGCCAUAUGGGGGUCCCACCGAACCAGGCGCUCCCCCUGCUGCUGUUGGAGCAUGGGGAUCCAUGCCCACUGGAGGGUGGGCAGCCUCAGUUGGGGGACAGUAUCCUGCACCUAGUGUGCCAUAUCCACCUCCAGGGCCAUAUUCCACUCCCUCUCAGACUCCAGGGGCGGCUCCUACAGUGCCAUGGGGAGCUGUCCCCCCAGGACCAUGGGGACCUUCGCCUCCUGCCCCAUUUCCUCCGCCAACAGGAUCCUAUCCAGCUCCAGGGCUGUACCCAACGCCACCUAAUCCUUACCAAGUGCCACCUGCGCCUGCUGGAGCACCAUCCAUACCUGGUGGCCCUCAUCCCUACCGUUGAACUUGUGGCAGGCUGAUGAGGUACUGCCUCCCUACCUAUUUACACAGAAAAGUUUUUAGUAAUCUUUUGGAGUCUUGAAGAGCCUACCUGUGUUCUGCCAGCCCAUUUGUGGUGUGAGGGAGCACUCCUCCAACGCUUAUUUUGUGUGAGAUGGAUUAGGAUAAACAAGUUGACUGCCCCAGCUCUCUAAUCCUUACUCUAGUCAAGAUUUUAUCAAGUGACAUUAGCCUAAUGAGUAAGGACUAACCCUGGAUCAAUACUACAACUGUUUCUUAAUUGCGGAUUUAGAGGAUUGACCUGAUUGACCGACCACAUCUAAUUUAAAUAAUUUCAGUUAUCUGGAGAAGCUUCUGAAGAAAUGAGCUAGGCACCUUUCAUCAAAUUGAAGAGACGCAAAGAACAUUAAUUCAAAGCAGUUCUCAGUAUCAGACUUGAUUUGUUCUAUUUGAGAAAACCUUUGUAGAGAUGAACACCUGAUAUUUGAUGCUUAGUUCAUACAACAAACAACCUUGGGGAGCAUCAGUUUGGUUUAGAUGUUCAGGUAGUUCAAAUAGAUAUUUCUGACAUGAGUUUUCCAGCUCUAUCAGCCAUCAUAUUUGUUGUGAGCCAUCUAAAAAUAAUCUGCUUUUAAGUCUGAAGCUAAAACAUUUAGCUUGAGCGAGCCUCAAAACCAUUUGAAGAGUUUGAGUUUUGUGUGCUGCAAAGCAAAAUUUCUUUUAAAAAGUUCUUGCAAGAAGGGGUGGGAAUGUAAUCAGUAUAAUCUCUUCUCUGGCAGCUUCAGAGUCUUUGAAAAUUAAUUUGAAAACUUUACUUUCAUGUGAACAUCUGGUCUCGGGAUAACAAACUAAACAGGAAAGUUUCUCUACUUGAGGAUGUCUCUUAAUGCUCAUUAGAUUAUUGCAAUGUAAUUAGUUAAAAUGUAUUUGAUUAAUAUUGGCAGUAGAUGCAACAAUCUAGAUGUACAGUUUUCUCACUUCUAGAUGAACACCAAAUGGAGGAAAUAUAUUGGACUCAUUUAUCACAGUUCACAAAGAAUACAACAUUUCAUCACUGUCUUACUGAUAAGUCCAUGUUCUAACAGUUGACAACUUCCUUCUGUGGUCUCCAGAAAUUUGCUUAACACAGAUGUCUAGCAUUUAUCAUAAAUUGGCUAUUUCCAAGCUUUCUUUAGGAAAUAACUUUGCAGGAGAGAUUUUUAGGGAGUCCAUAUUCUUCCUAAGAAAUAAUGAACUAGCUUAAUUUAGUAAGAAUGGAUAUGACUUAGGCAUGUGUCCUGUAGUGUUUGUGGAAAUAUUUAUUUCCUCAAAUCAAAUGAAUUUGAAAAGGCUCUUCAUUUUCUUCCCCAUCCUUUCUUGUCCUAGUUUAGUAAGCAUUUCCCAUCCCCCACCUGCAUUGGUUUCAUGUUAUCUUCCUGUCUUUCCUCAACCGUCGGCUUCUCUUGAAGGAUAUUGCAUCUUCCCAUUAACUUUAAACCACAGAAAUUUGUAUGGGUGAUGAGUUUAGAAUUCCAGUGAUCUUUGGAAAUAGCAGAUAAUUUAGCUUAAGAACUGCAGUUUGGCAAGUUUCACAAGCUAAAUUAUUAGCUAUUUUCAGGUAGCAUUGAUUGAGAGCUCUAGUGCUAAUGAACUUUGAAGUGACAUCCCAUUUAACUUUGUAUUAUCUAAAGCAGUUAUUUGAGGAUAGUACGUUUUUCUUCAUUGUAGGGGCAUCCCAUUUUCUCAUUUUGAGUACACGGUUGAUAAACAUAUCUGUCUCUGAUGACAUCUUCCUCCUCCAUAUGCUCCAGUUUAUACUGCAUGAUUGGCUUUAAAAAGGAAUCCACUAUAAUGUAGAAAUAUUAAAGUGAAGUAUUGAGAAGUUUUGAUUGUGGAAAGAUACUAAGAAGCUUUGUCAGAAUUCCAGUUCAGAUUUGAAAAAUUUAGAUAUUUUCUAUGUUGGCUUACAGUGAUGAAGACUAAAUAUGACUGACAAUAAAAGUAUACAAGUUUGUGAUACUUUGCAGAACACUCGAGGUGAAUGCAAUUAUAUGAAAUAAAUGUGGAUCAAAAUAUAGAAUAGGUUAGUAUUAAUUCUUCUGUGUUCUGCCUACUCUAUAGAAACAUUAAAUUUUACAAACUCCUGAAGAAUGUAAAAUUUUUCUAAGAUAAUACUUUUUUUUGCUAAAUCUUAAAAUCAAGCUAAUAGAAUAGAUUUGCCCUAAUACAUGUUGAUUUCUCCCCAUCCUAAAGCUAAAUUAUGAUAAAAACACGAUUUUGUGUUUCUAGCUAUCAGUGCAAUCCCAGUACAAACCUACUCAGAAGGAAGCCCUAUUACCUUCAGUGACUUUUAUGUAAGCGGUUGUAGGGUUGGAACUAUGUCAGACUGGGACCCUGCUUAAACUAGAAGUAAAAGUAUUCUGGCAGGACUUCCUCCAUGUUAUAACUGCUGGUGUGAUUGGCUGAGAUUCUGGGCAGUGCACCUGAGAAAGGUUGUCAGCCGUUGCUCCAAAUAAGGGAUUGUAGCAUAAGAAAGCUGCAUAUCAUUCAGAUUCUGCUGCAUAAGGGUUGGGAAGGCAGAAAAGACUCCAUUAAUAGGUCUGCAGCAGCAUUUGUGCCAUCCUUCGUUGCUGGAAGUUUUGCCUAUUAGCUGUUUGCUUGAUUUUUCUUGUGGCAUAAUUCCACAUUCAAUGCCUUGUGGCCCCCUUUCCACAGAAAUACUCCACGAACAUCUUUUCUGCCUACAAAAGACUCUGUCAGCCUUUAAUUUACCUUUGAUGCAUCACUUAGAUGCUGGAGGCAAAGAGGACUGUAAAAAACUGCAGAGGCAGCAAAAUGAUGAUAUGCAGCUGACACAGUUCUGUCCUUGUAUCAAGAUAUUUGAGGCUAGCCUGUAAGUUGCAUAUGAGUGAUGACAUCAUCCUGUGCACGUUAUUUGCCUUUCCACGCCCCCUAUAACCUGGCUGGAAAUCCUUUAGUGUAUUGUCCCAGAGAAUAUAUAUAUAUACACACACAGGAAGAAAGGACAAGAUACAAUCAGAUUUUUAAAACGGGCAAGCUCUGUGGUUCAAAGCCCAACUAAAACAAAGCUUGCAAGUCUUGAUGGGGGUUCAGCAUCUCUGCUUAUCUUAUUCCUUCAUGUUAAGAAGUUUUUUCCUUGCCAUAUGGAGAUACUAUUCCUCCAACAGUGGAAGAAGACUCCCUUUCAGAAAGCAAUUGUAGUUUGACGCUGUGUAGUAAAACCUUUUUAACCCUUCUGUCUCAUGUGUGAGUGAUUUGGGGCAUGAUGCUUGUUAUGCAAUGAAAUUUGUAUUGUUUCUCUAUUGUGUUCCUUGUGAGCUAAAACUGCUGAGAAGUUUGGGGUGGGUUGUUCGGCUUGUGUUUCUGGGAUGUUUAUUUAACUGCUUUUGUUUAUGACAUGGAAUUAUUAAGCAAUCACACUUUUGAAGUAUAGACCAUAUCACCUGCUGCUGUAUUUUUUUCUUUAUAGAUGACAAAUAUUUGCUGUAUGAUGGUAGCGAAGAGGCUUUAAAUACAGGAUUUGAUAUUUUUUGAAAA